UUCUUCCCCAAAAGUCUGUGCUCCUUGAAUGAAAAGACUCGAGUCACCCUCUGCAACAUGAAAAUGGAGUACCCAAAAGUGCGUCGCGAUGAAUCAUCGGUGGAGGAGCUCCAUGGUGUGAAGGUACCAGACCCUUACCGUUGGCUUGAGGACCCUGAUUCAGAGGAGACCAAAGAAUUUGUUGAAGCCCAGAAUGCCAUAACUAUGCCAUACAUUGAGAAAUGCAGUGCACGUGAAAGCAUCAAGGCACAGCUGACCGAGUUGUGGAACUACCCCAAGUAUUCAUGCCCCUUCCGAAGAGGGAAUAGGUACUUCUUCUUCAUGAACACAGGAUUGCAAAAUCAGAGUGUCAUGUACGUUCAGGAUUCUCUGGAUGGGGAACCGCGUGUCUUUUUAGACCCAAACAAGCUGUCAGAAGAUGGAACAGUUGCCAUAUCUGGUUCGUCUUUCAGCGAGGAUGGAGAGAUUUAUGCGUAUGGCCUAAGUAGCAGUGGGUCUGAUUGGAUUACAAUUCAUUUUAAAAAGGUAGCAAGUGGAGAAGAUUUCCCUGAGGUACUGGAGAAGGUGAAAUUCUCCAGCAUAGCCUGGACACAUGACCACAAAGGCAUAUUUUAUGGGAGAUAUGUAGAACAUGCAGGAGUUGCGGAUGGCACAGAGGUUGUAAGUGAUGAAAACCAAAAGCUGUAUUAUCAUCGAGUGGGCACACCACAGAGUGAAGAUACCCUGGUUGUGGAAUUCCCUGAUCACCCAAAGUGGCGAAUUUCUGCCAAGGUGUCUCACUGCGGU